AUGGAAUUCUCAACAAUUACAAUCGCUAUCUUGUUGAGUUCAAGAUCGGAGUGUUUCUAUGAGGUAUUUGAGGAGGAGAUCCAUCAGGUAAUUGUUGAAAACCAAUUAUUUAAGCCUAGUGAGCGCAUUGCCCUUGGCGCCUCUGGUGGGAAAGAUUCCACGGUCUUUGCUUAUGUGUUAUCGAAAUUGAAUAGGCGGCACAAUUACGGCCUAGAGCUAUUUCUGUUGUCAGUGGAUGAGGGCAUUACUGGCUACAGGGAUGAUUCUCUUCAAACCAUCAAAAGAAAUGAAUUUCAAUAUGGUUUGCCGCUAAAAAUAGUCUCGUACAAGGAUUUGUGUGGGUGGACCAUGAAUGAAAUAGUUAAGAUGAUCGGUCUCAAGAAUAAUUGCACCUUCUGUGGUGUUUUUCAUCGUCAAGAGGUAUAUGAACAACAGAAAGAGUUUAUUUUACUUGGAGAAAUGGUUGUUCUUGCAACUCUUGCUUUUGAUCUUAAUGUAAACCAUCCAUAUAAACCGCUGGUUGAGGCAAUAAAGAAAUUCAAAGUAACUCAAAAUGCCCUUGCUGAAGUUGCAAUACCGUUUAAGCUUUAG